AUGUUCACCUACCUCCUCUACAUCACGAGCGUCUUUUUUACAACGUCGAUAACAACGCCUCCCGCGCCUUCAUCAUCUUGUAAAUAUUUACUUACAUCCACCCAAUCAAACCUGGGCCCACUCUCUGCCGUCAUCAAUCCUUGCUAUCCCUGCCUCACUUUGCGUUCAUCAUUUACACAUGCCUCGAGACUGAAUCUACACCCUCCAUCAACACAAGGUAACCAUCUUCCUUCAAUGAUUGCACACAUUUUUUGUCUUCAGAUAACUGAUGCAUUAGUGAUAUUUUGUCGGUAUCAUCCGUCUAAGGUUUCACGACUCGCUGCCACUUCUUUUGCUUUGCUCAGGUAGUGACAUGUUAGAGCCGACGUGAUCUGAUCAAA